AGGCUGCCUCACUUCCCUGUGAGGAUCCUUGAUUGUUAAUCUUGAGUACAUGCUCCCCUCCCUUGCAAGUCCGGGAUUAUGGGUAGACAUUCAGGCCAGUGCAUGGUGGGGUCAGGCCAGUCCUCUCUACUUGAGCAACAGCAGACCUUACCCACCUGGAGCUCAUUUCUCAUGAUGGGGAGGCCAGAGAGUCACUGCCCCCUUGGUCCAAAUGUGAGGUGAAAGCCAGGCUAAUGCCUGCGACGAUCUGCCCCAAAAGGCACAGAAUAGUUGAGAUGGGAGAACGGAGAGAGCAAGGGGCAGGAGCAGCGUUGAGCCUUGAAGUUGCCACACAGAGUGCUCCCCAUCACAUCCCUCCCAUGGAGGCAUUCAAGCACUGGCUGUGUGCUUUCAAGAACCAAAUCCUACCCAGGGCAAACAGACUGCAGUCUGUGGAAUGCUCCUGCUCUGAAACACAGCAAACCUCUGACAGACAGACCUCCUCGGUGUGCCUGAUUCCUUAUGACAAACUUUAAAAGGGAGCUGCGUGACUAAAGGCUUCUCAGGGUUGUGAGCAUCAAAUUAUGCACACCCUCUGCUCUGCUUUGUGUGAAUAAAAAGGUGCAGAAACAUUAAUGGAGGUACUAUGAACCUAGCAGUUUCACAUACCCCACCCAAUAGUCACGGUUAAAAUUCUGUGGUUAGGCGUUAUGGCUGUUUCAGAGGAGAUGGUGGGGGUGGGGGAGCUUGCUCAGGUCAAGUCACUCCAGACUAGAGGAUAAUUAGAAUCCCAGCUGGUCCCUAGAGGCUUAGUUAUUUCCACUGGAAACUAGAAACAUCUCCCCACUCCCUUGCCUUCACUGGGCCAAUCCUACUCUUCAUUAAAAAAUAUUUAUUAACUUUUUAUGAGUGUAUUGCCUGCACGUAUUGCCUGCACAACCCAUGUUGUGCAAUGCCCACGGAAGACAGAAGAGGGCGUCAGAACUGUGUUAGGGAUGUUUGUUAGUUGAGAUGCGGAUGCGCUUAACCACUGAGCCAUCUCUCCAGCCCCCUUACUCAUUUUAAAAGUCCUCCUUUAGCAAUCCAUUCCCUGACUGUCCUCCAACUGGGUUUAUCAUCCCUCUGUGAGCUCCCCUAAUUCUCCCUUCUCCCAAAGGACACCUGCCCACACUCUGAGCUCUGGGAAGGUGGGGUUUAUGACUGUCUUGCUAUCUGCCUGGCACAGAAAAGACUAUAGAGACACUGUUUAAUUAAUGCAUGCACUUGACCUUGAACAAGUAGUGAGCACCUAGGAUAAUAAUGACGCUGUGCCACGGAGGGUGGGCAAAUAUUAAGUAGAACAGAGUUUGGUCAAGGUAAAGUAACUGUAGGAGAUCUGAAGGAGACAGGGUGAGGACGGGGAGGUAAAGAGACUGUACAGUACACACACACACACACAGGGGUAGCACACUGAGGUCUGGGGAGCCUGAAUCUUUUAACCAAAGACUAUACAGCUUAUACAAUGGGAGCCUCCCUAUACAGUGAAUUGUCCAGCAACUUUCCUGCAGUCCUCUUUCAGAAUUUGGGGGUAAAUGCUCCCUAUUGUCGAUAGCUACGUGACAGUAUCCUAACUGGAGUACCUCAAUACUUUAUAGUCUAGACUUGUAUUAAUCGUUCCUUUUGGGGAACUCUCCUCAAAUUACCCUUUUUGAGCCUGAUAAGAAAAAGCUUAGUGAAGUCAGAACAGGUAAGAGCAAUAUGGCUGAAGUAGGUACUGGACGGGAAGCUCGUGCACAGACGGUGGUCUGGAUCAUCGCCAUCAGUAGUCUUCUAGGUGAGGCGGAGGGAAGGAACUUGUAACAGAUGAACCUAAGUAUGUCCGUUCGGCUGGCACCGGCAUGCUGAUGGAAGGGCUUAAACAGACGCGCGCGCAGGAGCCAGGAGGAUGCCCGGCCAGGCGGAAGCCCGACGCUCUCUGUGUUCUCUCUGCGCAGGAUGCGGGAGGCCGCAGGGCCCGACGAGUCGGAGCCGGUCUGCGAGGCUCCGUGCGCCGCGGCAUGCCACGCGCAGCGCGUGCUGCAGACGCUCAACGCGUACCGGCGGAGCGGCACCCUCACCGACGUGGUGCUGCGCGCCGGCGGCCGCGACUUUCCCUGUCACCGAGCGGCGCUCAGCGCAGCCAGCGUCCACUUCCGCGGCCUGUUCACGGCCGGCCGUGCGGAGCGUAUCCCGGCUGUGGUCCCCGUGGGUCCUGACACACCCGGGGCGGCAGCGGCGCUGGCCGUGGUGCUCGACUACGUGUACGGCGCGGGGGUACGGCUGCGCGCGGAGGACGAGGCGGCCGCGGUGCUGGCGCUGGCUGAGCGGCUGGGCGUGGCGGGGCUACGCGGCGCAUGCGCGCGCUUCCUGGAGGGUCGCCUGCGCGUGGCCAACAGCCUGGCGCUGCGCCGCGUGGCCGCUACCUUCUCGCUGUUCCCGCUGGCCGAGCGCUGCGGCCACGUGCUGCGCCAGGCCUUCGCCGAGGUGGCGCGCCACGCCGACUUCCUGGAGCUCGCGCCCGACGAGGUGGUGGCGCUGCUGGCGGACCCUGCGCUGGGCGUGGCGCGCGAGGAGCCGGUGUUCGAGGCGGUUAUGCGCUGGGUGCGCCACGACGCGCCGGCCCGCCGCGGGCAGCUGCGGCGGCUGCUGGAGCACGUGCGUCUGCCGCUGCUGGCGCCCGCCUACUUCCUGCAGAAGGUGGAGUCCGACGAGCUGCUGCAGGCCUGCGGGGACUGCCGCCCGCUGCUGCUUGAGGCCCGCGCCUGCUUCAUCCUGGGCCGGGAAGCCGGCGCGCUGCGGGCCCGGCCGCGGAGAUUCAUGGACCUUGCUGAAGUGAUCGUGGUCAUUGGCGGCUGUGACCGCAAGGGGCUCCUGAAGCUGCCUUUUGCUGAUGCUUACCACCCAGAGAGCCAGCGUUGGACCCCACUGCCCAGCCUGCCUGGCUACACCCGCUCAGAGUUUGCCACCUGUGUGCUUCGAAAUGACAUCUACGUUUCGGGAGGCCAUAUCAACAGCCGUGAUGUGUGGAUGUUUAGCUCCCAUCUGCACACCUGGAUCAAGGUUGCUUCGAUGCACAAGGGCAGAUGGAGGCACAAGAUGGCAGCCCUGCAGGGGCAGCUGUUCACCGUGGGUGGCUUCGAUGGUCUGCAGCGCCUGCACAGCGUGGAACGCUACGACCCAUUUUCCAACACCUGGGCGGCUGUGGCGCCCCUGCCCGAGGCGGUGCAGUGCUUUGACCCCAAGGAGGACCAGUGGAGCCUGCGGUCACCAGCGCCCUUCUCACAGCGGUGUCUUGAGGCUGUCUCUCUGGAAGACACCAUCUAUGUAGUGGGGGGCCUCAUGAGCAAAAUCUUUACCUAUGAUCCUGGCACAGACAUCUGGGGAGAGGCAGCUGACCUGCCCACCCCUGUGGAGAGCUGUGGUGUGACAGCGUGUGACGGGAAGGUCUACAUCCUUGGCGGGCGGGAUGAUCAUGGAGAAAGCAUCAAUAGUGUCUUCACCUUUGACCCUAGCAGUGGGCAGGUGGAGACCCAGCCAUCCCUACAGCGUUGCACCAGCUCCCAUGGCUGUGUCACCAUCAUCCAGAGUUUGAGGUGACUCAGACUGGGACAGCCUGAGCCAAGAGAACUCAAGCACAGCAUUUGCCCCACCUCUUGGCAUCUCCAUGUGAAUAGCCCCUUAACUUAUUGUUCCUUUUCUUACAGAAAUAAACUCUUUUUCAAAAGUUGGGUCUGUGUUCCAGCUCCAGCCUGCUUUGCACAAAGUCAUCUCCAGCAUCUCUUGCUUCACUGUUUACAAGCACUCCUGUCCCACUGUAGGCUACAUGAGUAUCAGAAAUGAACUGUUCAUUUCUGGAGAUUAGGGCCUCCA